AGCCCGGGCGUGCAGUCCUCGCAGCCCGAGGCAGCGGCUCCACGGAGGUUUGCGAACAACAUGGAGUCGACACAGGCUGAUCCUACGCAAAUUGAUGAGGUAUCGCUACCGAGGAAAGGAAGGUUGAUGCAGCGUCAGGCUACAGCUGAGGAUGAUGAUGAGUCUUCCGCAUUCAAUGUGAUGAGACGCGCCGCGAAAAAGCACAAGGCGAAGGAAGUCAAGGAUAUGUCAGAAAAAGAGCAGGAGCGGAUUCGGGGCUUUGUUGAAGAGCAGGCCGAAGAAUCUGAGGACGAGUAUGCUGGUCUUGAUGGAGGUGAUGAUGAAGUCGAUCUCGGUACCGGCAGUGAUCUGGAAGACCUGAUUGAUCACGAAACACAGGAUGUCGACGAUACAGGACUGGCCGCCUUCUACGCGCAAAAGGAACUCGACAGCGACACGAAAGCCAUUUCGGAUCUGCUGAACGACAUCACGAACGGUGGAUUGCGUCGGAAACGCGGUGGGCGGAUGAUGGAUCUCGAUUCCGACGACGAGGAUGAGGAAGACGAGGAGAUUGCUCGAGAGCGCUACAACCGAAGGCUACAAGCUAUGCGCAAGAAGUUACUUGAGGACGAGAAGCUCAGUAACCUUGCGAAUAAUCCCAAGAUGUCUGCUUUCUUGGCUGCAAUUGAAGAUCGCGGCAUGCAGAAGGAGAAGAGUUUCCUGGAUGAGGAGUAUGACGAAGAUGUGGAAAUGGCAGAUGACGAGGAAAGUCAGGCUCAAGUCCAAGUCAAUGCCACGCAGGAGGACAGUUUGCCAGUCACAAUUGCGGAUCCACAGGGUUCCCGCAUGAUGCCUGCUCCUUUACUGAAGAAGAAGUCGGUAAGAGAGAUCGAUGUGAGAGAGACGUUGGCGUUUUUGUAUGAGGAUUCGCAAACAACGCAGAUCAUCGAGUCUGAUGACGAAGAAGACGUUACUAUCGAAUCUUCGAUUUCGUCAUCUGUCGCGGUUGUCGACCGUGCUUCUCAGAAGCGAGCAUCAGUCACGGCAUCCAGUUCCGUAAAGAUGGCUUUUGGUGGUGCGCAUGCAACCCAACCAGUUUUCCGCGUUCCUUCCCUGCCACAUCAGACGUCUUCGUUCUAUUCAGACACUUCGGACUCGCAGAGGACGACUUCGUCGGAAGGUCUGCGGAGGAUCGCCAAGGCUGGUGCCCGGAGCAGCAGUCGCGCAGUGACUUUCAUGGCCAAGCAGCGUGUUACCAAGGGUGGUCUGUCUGCUAAAGAAGUAGAUGAGGAGAAGCUGAAGGCAGAAAGGGUGAAGAAGGAUGAGAGGAGAAAGACAGUGAUGGGAUUGUUUUCUGGCAAGGGGUCUUUUGCUUAGCAUGAGUUUAUGGAGUUUUCGGAUUAGGAUUCGGGAUGAGAUGGGAUGAUGUUGGACAGGACUAUAGUGAAAUGGAGACGUCGAUUUUACUUGUUCAAUAAGGGGCAGGUGAAUGAAUGGUUGUACAACAGCACGAGGAUGCAUGUUGUUUGUAACGAAAAUGAACCAUGA